AUGUUGACGGGGAGGGCGUUUCUCGACGAAACGGCCACAGCUAGCGACGAUGACGACCCCACCGCCGCCGCUGUCGCGGCGAUGAAAAAGGGCGGCCCCAGCCACCGCCGGAAGAGCGCCGCGCGGUCUUCCGCUAACCCGACAGCUGGUCGGAUAUCGCUGCGCCGGGCGGGGUCGGGGGGCGACCCGCUGUUGGGCCCGCGACCGCCGCGGGAGGGGGGGAACGGCGACGGUGAGGAGAGUAGCUCCAACCCGUCGCUGCUUGAGCGUUCGGAGGUGGACGCCAUCCUGUCGGAAGCGACCUCGGCGAGCGGUGGCGCCGGUGCUGAAGGCGAUGCUAGCCUCGACGAUGCUGCGGCCGUUGCUGCUGCGGUGCGGGAGGGGGGCAGAGAGAGCCACGAGACGGAGGUUGAGGACGGGAUCAGGGCGCUGAUGGGAGAGAUCGGCUUCGGGGAGGAGGAAGUGGCGGCGUACAGCCUGGAAGAGCUGCUGCUGCUCAGAGAGGAGCUCGAAAAGGAAUGGGCGGCGGCGGAAACGGAGGAAGUGUCGCCUUCCCUCAAGAAGGAGAAGCGCGGAGGAGAGCUGAGACGAGCUGGAUCCGCCGAGGAGAAAGAGGACGAGGAGGAGGAGGACGAGGAGGAGGAGGACGAGGAGGAGGAGGAAGAGAAUAGAGAUGCGGAGCCCCCUUGGGAGCAUCACUCGCUGUCGCUCCAGGAGAGGCUGGGCUUGUCGGACGAAGAGGUGGAACAACUCAGACGAUCACCGCGAUCAGGUCUCGCUCUCCGCGGAGGCGCCCUUGAUUCCGAUUGCGGGGGGGCCGCGGCGGACGCGUCCCCUGGGUUGGAUGCCGGCGGUAGGGGGGGCACCGCGGAUGGCGUGAAGGUAUCCCCCGGGUCGGGUGUGGUUGAAUACGGUCGCGAGGCUGCUGCUGCGGCUGCGGCUGCAAGCAGGAUGAAGGAGAGGAUGACGGGGAGAUCGGCGGGGGGCCCGCAGACAGCUGUCGGCUACCUCCUCGGGGAGCUGCGCAUGAGGCCCGAAGAGGUGAAGGAUGCGGUGUUGCGGUGGCCAGCCCUCAUGUCGCUCUCCAAGAGGGGGCCCCACGCGGUGGCGUCGUGGCUGCAGGGGGGGCUGGGGCUGAGCGCGGACGACGUCGGCAAGAUGAUCAGGAAGCACCCGGCCAUCGUGGCCUGCAGCAUCGUGCACAACCUGCGGCCGAAGCUCCGGUGGCUCCAGCAGGAAGUUGGGCUGUCGAGGCCGCAGUCGAUCCGUCUUGUCGUACGCUCCCCGACAAUCUUCGCCCACAGCAUCGACGACAACAUGGCUCCCAAGGUGGCGUGGCUAAGGGACACACUGGGUUUCACACGGCAGGAGGCCGCAAGAACCGUCUACGCCAACCCGGGGGUCAUCCUCAGCAGCGUCGAGGAGAGCCUCAUGCCCAAGAUCUCCUGGUUUCCGACCUUCUUCACACUCAGUUCGGAAGAGAACCUCGCCCCCAAGCUGGAGUGGCUCACCUCUCACGCCUCUAGCAAGGUGGUCAGGCGAGUCUUGUUCCGACAGCCGUCGUUGCUGGGACACAACGCGGACGGCAAUCUCGCACCAAAGGUGCAAUGGCUUCAAGACCGCUUGGGAAUGUCGGAGGCCGCCGCGUGGAAGUUCAUCGGGAGAUCACCUGGAUUCCUGACCCUGAGCGUCUCGGACAACCUCGAGCCCAAGCUGUGGUGGCUGAGAGACAAGCUGGACGUUAGCCUCGCCGGUGCCUCCAAAAUUCUGACGACCUAUCCCAACCUCUUCGGCCUCAGCAUCGAGGCGUCCCUCGAGCCCAAGCUCUGCAUCGAGGACAACCUCGCGCCAACCAUCGACUUCUUCCAGUUCGGCAUGGGAGAGGUGGAGCCGUCUGACCUCAUGGACGGCCUAGAGAUGAAACCGUCGGUGCUGGCCGCUAGCCUCGGCAAGCGACUGAUCCCAAGGGCCUCGAGGAUGCGAAGGGCAGGCAUCGAGCCCAACUUUUUGAGGGACUAUCGCGCCAUCGCCCAGCUCACGGAGCCCCAAUUUAGAGCGUGGAUGGAGCGCAUGAACGAAAAGCUUCAGGCCAAGUUACCCCCGGACGAUGAUGACGACGAGGAGGACGCCGGGUCUGCCGGUGACGACGAAAAAACAAGAACAGCAACUUUUGGCUCGUUGGCAGGCCCAUCUCCACCAUGGCAAGAAACGAAAAAGACCGGGCCGGCAGCCAAGAAAAAAACAACAGAAACCGCGACGACAACAAGAAGACGGAACAAGACAGACCCGACAGCCGAGAGAGAAUCAACAAUGACAACAAGAAGGAAGAAGACAGAGCCGGCAGCCAAGGACAAAACAAGACCAGCAAGGAAGAAGAAGAAGUAAGAUGUCGAAGAAGACCCCUCUUCUCUGGACAGAGAAGGAGGAGGAAAUGGAGGAGGAGGAGAGGUUAACGUACGUCCCUGAAGGCAGAUAUAUCAGGGAGGAAGGAAGUGCCGAGACGGCAGAGAGGGUCGGGGAUGACUGCGAUCACGGAAAACACAGGAAAAUCCUGGGGAAGACUCUUUUGGUCCUCUGUCAAUUAUGGGCGUGUCAGGCUAGUCUGGGCGUGCCAGACUUUAGUAGAUCAUUCGGCGAAUAGUUGGACGCAUCAGCAGGGGUCAGUCAUACAAGGACUCUUCAUUCUAUUGUAGUAGUGUGACUCUUCAUUCUAUUGUAGUAGUGUGACUCUUCAUUCUAUUGUAGUAGUGUGACUCUUCAUUCUAUUAUAGUAGUGUGACUCUUCAUUCUAUUGUAGUAGUGUGACUCUUCAUUCUAUUGUAGAAGUGUGUAUUGCAGGUGUUUCUUACUUGAUAUUUUGAAGAAACCGUGCCAUGUUGGUCCCAUGACAGGUAAGAUGGAGUAGCAUACUAUAAUACCCCUUCGAGUCAAUUCUCAACCAUGGGCAUAUUUAGAAGGGGAGGACAUGCCAUUUACUUCUACAUUCCAUGACAGAUGGAAGAACUGACCUUUCGAGUUACUUAAUUCUCAAGGUGCGCGUCUUUUGAAAGUCUCUUUCAGUGGGGUGUCCCCUGCUGGACUUUCUGUGCGAGUCUGGCGGUGGUCUACGUUUGAGGAUGCUUCAAGAUUCAAGACCUUUGGAGGGAAGCAUCCUCUCUCUCCUCUCCCUACUCGCGCAUGAACAUGCCUUCGAGUUCGACCACAACACAACACCCGCCGGCUCUCGUCACUCGAUGGUCAGUUUCAUCCUUCCAAAAACCAGCAGCCACACCGGGGCAAAGCACCACCCCUGGUUGAGAUCCGGCUCGUUCAGUCUUUGGAAAACACAUGCAUGUAUACAAUAUGUAUUGAUUUAUCUCACCCAAAGACAGGGAGGGCAGCAUGCUGCCAUUAUGUGUUCUUCUCGACGGUAUGUAGAGCUAAAAUCCACCACGAUACCCCUCCUCUCUCCUGCAAUCCAAGUUCACACGUAGAAGAGUACCCCACUUGACGGUUACUGGGCCAGCACCUUAAACUUAGAAAGAAAAACAACUUGUUUACGGCAGUGCUUUACUACCACCGCCUUCAUCCCGGGUCACGACGACAACAACAAAGAAAUAUACUAUUGCUGAGUCGAGAUUUUACUCGCAUAUUGUUCUGGCAUGACUUGACUCC